AUUUAAAAUACGUUAAAAUGAAUGACUACAUUAAACCGAGUAAAAUAUGUGGCGCUUGCGGCGAUAAAGCUAUUGCCAACAAUUUCGGUGCCCUAUCAUGUGAACCAUGUAAGACAUUUUUUCGACGAAACGCUCAUAAACUAGCUCUCAAGUGUUUGUAUUAUGGAAACUGUAUUAUUGAUGAGAAAUCGCGAAAGUUUUGCUCAAAAUGUCGUUUAAAUAAAUGUCUGGCCAUCGGAAUGAGACGGGAUUGGAUGAAAGGGGAAGAAGACAAUGGCUUACCAGAUAAUAGCACUGAUUAUAUUGAUAAUAAAACCAAACAUCCCAAUAACAUCGACGAAGAGCUGAACUCAAUCUUAAGUAAUAAAGAUAUCAAUAAAUACAUCGACAAUAAGCUGAAAAUGUCGGUCGAGUUUGAAUUAUCGGUUAUACCGAUCGCCCGACCGGUCACUGAAUACAAGUCCGCUUUCAAUGCGACCGAAAUGCAAAUACUGUCCGAAUUGAUGACUACCGCCAAAGCCAUGCAAUUGACACCCAAUGAACAUCCCAUAGAGAUAACCAAUUACUGCGAGUUUGGCCACGCGAUUGACUUUAUAUUUGACACCCAUAUACGAGAAGUGACCAGGUGCAUUAAGAGACUCAGCACGUUUAAAACUAUGUGCGAGCCCGAUCAAAUCGCGCUACUCAAACACGGCUGCAUUCAAGUGCUAUACUGGCGAUCGAUCAUUCGCUACGAUUACGCCCAACAGCUCUUGGUCGUGCCAACACCCACAAACUUAACGGUAUCGCUUAAAUUGGAUUUUCUUAAAUAUUGCGCUAAAAACUCUUACAGCGCUUACAAAGAGUUUGUGCAAAACAUUGGUCUUAUUUGGGACUCGGAUUAUAUGAUGUCCAUAAUUGUAUUUAACCCGGGUAAUUUUGAUUUGGUAAACCGGGACGCUAUCAAAUUACAACAACACGUAUACAUGUAUUUACUUCAACGCUAUUUAAUACUGAAAUACGGGUCGGAAUGCUCUGCGAAGACACGAUUCCUACAACUGAUGAAUACAUUGAAUGAAUUGAAUGCCAUUAGAGAAGUGCAGAGAAAAGAGAUCAUCACUUUUAUAACACAACGAGCGCUAAUUACGCUAUUGGUAAUACUUGUCACAAACCAAGGUCUUGUCACACAUAAAAUAUGCGGCGUUUGCGGCAAUAAGGCUAUUGGCCAUAAUUUCGGUGCCCUAUCAUGCGAGCCGUGUAAAGCGUUUUUUCGGAGAAAUGCUUUUAGAAAUACCCUGAUAUGUCACUUCAACUCCAACUGUAAGAUCGAUGAAAUUACGCGAAAGUUUUGCUCGAAGUGUCGGUUAGAUAAAUGUCUGGCAAUUGGGAUGAGACGGGAUUGGUUGCCAUCCGAAGACGAGUCAACACCAAAAACACGUAAAAUUCACAGACAGACCGACAAUAGUAUGGGUAGCAAAGGGUUGGCCACAGAGUACUCGCCGGCCAACACAUGCAUCACAUCCAACACAUCCUGCGAGAUGUGCGACGAAAAUGAUUUUAUAACCGAAAUACUAGACAAAGACAGCCAUUUCAACGCCGAUGAGCUAAACGCACAGAUACUGGACUUGGAGUCUAUUGUGACCAACGGUUUCGAGGACUACAACCGGCACCAGGAGUCGCAACCCAAUGGCUACCAGUGCUGUCAAAACAGCCAAAACUCGGGCUUUAAUACAAAUACAAAUUCAAACACAUCGUCGGCCAAAGUGGAGGAAGACGUGUCCGAAGAGGUGAUCCAGAAAGCGGUUGAGUUUGAGUUUGCGGUCAUACCUAUCGCUAGAGCGCCAGAUGAAUACCGGUGUCAAUUCAAUGGCACCGAAACCGGUAUACUCUCCGAACUAUUCACAGCCAUACACGGUCUGGGCGUACAGACAGGCCAACUGUCCGACGAGUUUACCGACUUGGAUGACGUUCAGCACUGUUUUGCUCUCAAGUUGGAUUGCGCUAUUCGUAAAACGACCAGGGCCAUUCGCCGCCUAUCGGCCUUCCGGGCCAUUCCCAUAUCGGAUCAAAUAUCGCUACUCAAACACGGAUGUAUCGAGAUGAUAUUUUUAACCGGGUUUCGUAAUUACAAUAUAACUAAUAAUUCAUUUCAUUUGUCCAUGAACGGUAUAUUGAUAGCCAUCGUAUUAUUUAACCCGGAUCGUAGCGAUCUACAGGAUCGUGAUACAAUAAAAACUCAACAACACGUAUACAUGUAUUUACUUCAACGCUAUUUAAUACUGAAAUACCCGACAGAAUGUGAGGCAAAGUCGCGAUUCUUGAGACUAAUGGAUACCGCAGUCAAUGAUCUGAAAAUGUCAGCCGAGGCUAAGAAGAGGGAGCUCUGCGACGACCGACGCAAGACACCGGUCGGGCCACUGCUUCGGGAACUUCUGGACCCAAUCCCUAAGCCAUCUGAACAUAUGCUCACACAUAUACAAGAUUAA